UCUCUUUAUAUUGUUUUAGAUUUUUGAACAAUUACAAUGACGGAACCUGGAUUGUCAUUUGAUGAAGAAUUACCUUCACCAGAUAUAUUCAACGAUGUAGACAACACCAUAAGUAACCAUGAAUUUUCUGAUGAUUCUAGCUCAAUGUCCAUUGAUAUUAACGAACCAGAAUCUUUUGAUAACAUACCCGAGUGGAAAGGCUUGAGCAUGGACGAGAUUUAUAAGGGUUUAGGAGUAUAUGGUUGCCAGGAGCUCCGUCCCAUUUCUCCUUCUUCUUCUCAUAUAGUAUUAAUAUCGUUACCAUUGCCUGUACAUGGAGUACCAAAGCCUUAUCCUUCACAUCAAAUAGAUAAAUGGUGUCAGGAUUAUGUACGAAUGCCACAUUCGAAGCACAGUGUAUAUCCAAUAGAUCAGAAUGGAACUCGACGUUGUCGUAAUAGGUGGGAAAUAAUACAGGAAUCAUUACUUCAGAAUUUUGUAUCAACACAGCAACUGGAAACUGCAAUACUUUCUUAUAAUCACAUAUAUGCACAACGUUGGGAUUUCGCAGCAUUACAUCAUUUUUUUUCUGAGGUGGUUGAUGAAGACGAAACAAAUAUUUUUUUUGAAGUACUCGUGCCAAAGAUGGUUCAACUUGCUUUGCAACUUCCUGUUUUGGUAACUGGGCCAGUGCCUCUUUUAAAACGUCAUACUAAUAGCACAAUCAGCCUUAGUCAGUUACAAAUAGCCUCUUUAUUAGCUAAUGCUUUCUUGUGUACAUUUCCGAGACGAAAUUCAACUAAUCCACAGUCUGAAUAUGGAACAUACCCAUAUAUUAACUUCAAUAGGUUGUUUUCAGCAUAUAAGAAGGAAAAGUGGAAUAGAUGUGAAUCAGUAAUGGAGAAAUUGAAAUGUAUAUUUCAUUACUUUAGAAGGGUAACAUCGAAAGCCCCUGAAGGUGUAGUAACAAUACAACGACGAUAUAUUUCGAAGUCGGAUUGUCCAAAAUGGAACGAACAAGUACAAAAAUUGCCGCCUUUGCACAUAACAAGUAAAGGAACAAUCGAAACGGAAGGAGCUGGACUCUUACAAGUGGACUUUGCAAACAAAUAUGUAGGUGGUGGUGUUCUUGGUUUAGGGUGUGUACAAGAAGAAAUAAGAUUUGUAAUCUGUCCGGAAUUACUGGUAACGAUGCUUGUUACGGAAGAAUUAGAUAAUACCGAAGCGUUAGUUAUCAGUGGUAUCGAGCGGUACAGCAAAUAUAAGGGUUAUAGUAACACUUUCAAGUGGAUGGGAGACUUCGUUGAUGAAACACCUAGAGACAGCAGUGGAAGACGACUGACAACUAUUGUGGCGAUCGAUGCUCUUUAUUUCAAGCAACCUCAGUCACAGUUCAGCAUAAGCAACAUAACAAGAGAACUGAAUAAGGCGUAUGUAGGAUUUGUUGGCUGUGAAAGUAACAAAAAUAAUUUGCCUGCAAUCGCGACCGGAAAUUGGGGAUGCGGCGCUUUUCGAGGGAAUCCAAAACUGAAAGCAUUAUUGCAACUAAUGGCUGCAGCUGUUGCGGGUCGAUCCGUAGUUUAUUUCACUUUUGGAGAUACAAAUUUACUAAACGAUAUAGCUGAGAUGUAUUCGCAUUUUGUAAAACACGAGACGAACAUAGCCCAUAUAUUUUCUUUGCUGUCACAGUAUCAAGAACUCGCUACUACUGGGAAUAUGGAUUUCUACAAAUUCUUGUAUAACCGAAGUAAAGUGAAGCCUUUGACGCAAUACCUACAUAAGCCAUUGCAAACAAAAACUUCUACUGUGAAGGAAGUUGCUUUUAAAAGAAGUAAAAGCGUCAGUAUAGAUAACAGAAGAUCUUUCCAUUCGGAUGGUAAGUAUCAACAAACGGAAGAAGAGAGAAUACAAGGAUGGUUGGCUGGUUACGAAGAAGAUAUAAAUAAGAAGAGAACAGAAAACGUAACUGAACAUUACACAGAAGUGAAAAAUGUGGUGGGAAAAGAACAGAAUCAGGAUAGAGAUAGUAUGGAGAAAAGUGUGAACAAAUUCAAGAUAAAGAUAGCACGGAGAAAAGAAGAAAACAGUCUUUGUGGAAAAUUUUAGAGGAUUCAGUACAGACUAAACCAAUUUAUGAACAUCGAUUGACAGGUCUCGAAUUGUUGGAUUCAAAGC